AAUGUAGCCUCGCCAGUGCCAUCUCCACAGGGAAGACCACAACGGGGGGCGGACACUGAUUGCAAACAACGUGAAACCGAGGAAUAUAAAACACUGAACCCCCUGCCCCACCCCACCCCCUCUCACCCUCCCGCUCGCACUCCCGCCCGUCAGAUAGAUGUCUUACGACAUACGGAUGCUUAUGGCGGGAGCGGAGGGAAGCGGGAAAAAAAUCACAAAUAUGGAAAUAUCGUGAAGGUGAAGAACAAAGGCUUCAUCAAGGCCAGUGCGAACGCGGAUAUUUAUCAAUAAUGUAGACAGACGAAGACCUAAUAUUUUAUUUGGAAUCACUGCUGAGAUCUGCGCUCCAGACCGACCCUUUUCCUUCUCUUUUGGCAUCUCUUGAGCACCAAAACGGGAAGCAAAUCCUCAAGUAGGUUUAAAAGGGGACGACGAUGACCUCAUCACGGCCUGCCCCUCGCUCGGCUAUCCGCUCCGCCCCGCUAUUUUCUGCUCGGCGUCUCUCGGGGGCUCUGGUGUGGGGGGUAAAUCCGUUCCGUAGGUUCCUAAGGAUAUUCUCUCUCGCGGCAUAUGUUUACUUGGUAAGAAUGAAAUAAUUCUAUCAUUUCUUGCCCUGAUUGUCCCCUCCAAUACCGUUUACUUUCCAUACCAAUCAAUAUCUAGCACCAAGAAUGGCAGACAAGAACGCACUUACCAACCAAAAAGCCAACCCGGAAGGCCAAUUCCAACGACCAUCCUCCGCCUUCCGCUCCAGCAUCUCGCGCUCCCCAACCGCCCCAUUCCCCGCCGAACGGGACCGAUAUGUCCUCUACAUAAACACCGGCUGUCCCUGGGCGCACCGCGUCAACAUCGUGCGCUCGCUGAAGGGGCUAGAAUCUAUAAUCCAGCUCGUCGUCCUGGACCCACGCUUCACUGCGGACGGCUGGUACUUCUCCGGCGAAUACGGCAGCGCAGACGCAGAUCCGCUGUACGGCUUCAAGCAUCUGAAGGAGUUAUACUUCAAAGCCGACCCGCGGUAUGAGGGCCGUUUCACGGUUCCGAUGCUGUGGGAUAAGAAGAAGGAGACGAUCGUGAGCAACGAGAGCGGCGAGAUUAUUCGGUUUCUGUACGAGGAGUUUGACGAGUUGCUGGUUGGCGAGGACGAGGCGCGGCGCGAGGUUAAUAGGCCUGGCGGCGGGCUAUAUCCCGAAAACCUCCGGGGACAGAUUGACGAGAUGAACGAAUGGGUGUACGAGACGGUGAAUAACGGGGUGUAUAAAUGCGGCUUUGCGACGACGCAGGAGGCGUAUGAUCAGAGUAUCUAUCCGCUCUUUGCGUCGCUCGACCGCAUUGAAGAGCAUCUGGGCCAGCCGGGCCAUCAGCCGUACUUAUUCGGCGAACAUAUCACCGAGGCGGACAUCAGGCUGUAUACGACCAUUAUCCGCUUCGAUGUGGCGUAUCAUGGGAUUUUCAAGUGUAAUUUGAAAAUGAUCCGGCAUGACUAUCCGCGGAUUGAUCGGUGGUUGAGGACUUUGUAUUGGGAUGAAUCGGAGAAGACGAACGGUGGAGCUUUUAGGAAAACGACGCAGUUUGAGGUGUACAAAAUAGCAUAUCUUUCCGCCCUGCAAGUUAAAAUGGGCAACCCGGACAAAGUCGUUCCUGCUGGUCCAUCCCCCGAUAUUUUGCCAUUGAAAUCAUCAUUAUGAUAGGUCAAGGCGAUCAGGUUUCCAAUCUGAGACAUAACAUCUUAAUUCAACUCUCGUUCAUGAAUAUGCAUGUGUGGUGGUGGUGUUGGUGGUGUUUGGAUUUCACAGCUAUAUAUGUAGAGCAUAGUUAUAGGUUAAUCAUGAUUUCCUUUCCCAGAAGAUUCCUCCUCCAUUAUGAGCCUUGAAUACUCUGUACAGCCAACCCAAACAACCCCUGGGAAAUACUCAGACAUUUCAGCGGAGUUUUGUCCUGUUACCUGUUGUGCUUGUGCCAAUAUACUCCGUACAUACAGCGUAGAUCCCAUUGAAGACAAUCAGUCGGGGGUUCAGGAAGAACUAAAAUAAAUAAAUAAAUAAAGCCACAUGGCGAAUGCCGCGAACUGACUCCGAAGAAGAAAAAUCGACCCGCUUCCUAACUACGCUGCAAUUUAA